AUGGCAUUUAUUCUCCCCAUCAUAAACACUGUGCUAAAGGGUAUCACAUUGGUGAGUAAGCUGAGAAAUGAAAGUAGCAAGCUCGACGCAGAGAUCCGGAGUGGCCUCAAAUCGAUCAGCAGGGAGCUCGGCAUGAUCCGAAGUGCCAUUUUGCAAGACAAGUAUGAAGAUCUGCAGAACCUGGAAUUGGUUUAUGAGAUUGAAGACUUCAUAGAUCAUAUCCGGGUUCCCGAGAAAAAGGUUGGCACCUUCUGCUCAGUUAUAGGGAUAGAUCAUGACCCCCGUCAUGAACAACUCACAGAAAUCAGGCGUUUCGAGAAGAAGCUUGAGAGCAUCAAUUACGAGAAGCCAAAUAAAAACUCUGAAUCGACUCAGAUUCACAGCGGAGCCACCUCGUCUGCUGAACCCCCUUGUUAUACUCCAGAGGAGGAUCUCGUCGGCUUCCCAGAAGCCAAGGUCGACUUGCUGAAGCGGCUCGUUCCCCCACCCCAGCUGAGUGCCACCCAUGAUAGGCAGCUGAGGGUGAUCACCAUCGUAGGAUGUGGUGGCUUGGGAAAGACUGCCCUCGCAAGGGCACUCUAUGAAGACCGUACAGUUAUUGCCGGUGCAUUCGAUUGCAAAGCUUGGGUGGCGGUGCCGGAUCUCAAAGACGAGAAGAAUAUCAAAAAAGAUAUUCUAGAGAAGAUUCUCCAACAAGUUGGCCUAUCCUUCAAAGGAGGAAAAGAUGGUUCUGCGCCAUCAUCAAGCAAUACUACCUCCGAAGAAGAUCACCCAACGGCGGCAAGCAGCGACCUGAGCACCUCAGAAGUUUUGCGACGUUUCCUGGCGGAGAAAAGGUAUCUAGUGUGUAUUGAUGAUGUACAACAGAAACAAGUAUGGAACGAGAUAGAAACGGUGCUCCCUAAAAAUGAAAAGGGUAGCAGAAUACUUGUGACAACGAAUGUUGAUUCUGUGGCUAUGGCGUGCAGUUUGGGAAGUUAUGUGUAUAGAAUGAAAUAUCUUGACCGGCUCCAUUCAGAAACACUAUUAUGGUCAAAGGCUCUUGGACCUUCACAGAAACCUUCAACAGCCGUGCUUCAUAACUCAGAAAGCAUCUUCGUUAAAUGUGAUGGCUUACCACUGGCGUUGAUCAGCGCAGGUAAAUAUUUGAAGGGGGGAUUAUUAUCGAUGUCCGAUUGCAAAUAUGUGGGCAGAAGACUUGGUGAUUUCCUCGUAGGUAAUGAGCCAUACUUUGCAGAAAUAAAAAGGGCACUUUCCCGAGGCUAUAACAACUUGCGCGACUACAAUCAAAAAAGUUGCUUGCUUUAUGCAAGCAUAUUCCCCAGGGGUCACCCGAUAGACAUCAGAAGUCUAUCCAGAAGAUUAAUAGCUGAAGAGUUGGUUGAUAAAGAUGUUGACGAAGGACUAUCAGAAGCAUUGGGUCUUGCUCGUGAAUGUUUGAAGGAGUUGAUAAACCAGAGUAUGAUUGAGAGAGUACUGGUUGACAGCAAUGAUGAGAGUUGUAAACUUCAGAGCAUAAUUCUGGAGUUUACCAUGGGGAUGUCCUUGUCUAAAAAUUUUGUCAGUUUGAUUGACAGGCACUGGACCAUACGGAACAAAGGUGGUCCUGUCCGCCGACUCAUCACUGUUCAGCCCAGUUCCGAGGAUGGAAGCAGUGGAGUUUCAAGUGAUACUGAUCUGUCAACUGUCAGGUCGUUAACAAUCAUCAAACGUAACCUUCUUAAACGGGGACCAGGGUAUUUCAAGGAUUGUAAUGUUCUGCGUGUGUUGGAUCUGGAAGGUUGCACUGGGAUUGAUAGUGGCAUUAUUGGUGAUAUAUGUGGGUUGGAGUUUCUGAACUAUCUCGGCCUCAGGAAAACUGAUGUCAACCAGCUUCCCGAGAGAGUAAAAAAAUUGCGCCUCUUACAGACGCUUGAUAUUCGAGACACUGGGGUGGAAGAAUUACCCAUGGAAGUCAUCAUGCUCCCAGGUUUAGCUUACCUGUUUGGCAAGUUCGAGCUGCAACAGUUAACUAGUGGAUCAAAUUCUCGCCUUGUGAAGUUCUUGUCAACGCAAAGUAAACUGCACACUCUUUCUGGAGUCCUUCUGAAUGGGGCAAGGAGUCAUGAAGUUUUGCUUGUUAUACAACACGCGAAAAUGCUGAAAAAGGUUAAGUUAUGGUGCAAGGAUACUAAUGCUCCAGCAAAUGUGGCUACUUAUGGGAAUAAAAAGAAUAGUAAUUCUCCAGGCAGUCAAGUUCAGCCUAAGCGUGCUGCCCCAAGCGGAGAAAAUGUUCCAGUUUUGCUCCAAUUACUAAAAAGGAAAAAGUUGUCUUCUGGUGUUGCGUGCGGACAUCCGUCUGCAGGGUCAUCAGACCCUGGCAAUUCCACACCAGAUCAAGGUCUCGCUAGCAGAUUGGCUAAUGCUAUUGGGAAGCGCCCUGUCGAGGACGGUCUCGAUUCUUUGUCCAUUGAUUUCAAUGAUUUCGUCCCCAGUGGCUUCCUGCUUUUUCUAAAAGAGCCUGCCAGCACUAUCAGUUCCAUCAAGGCAAGUCGAUUAUCAGGACUUUUGCCGUGCCCUGCCGUGUUACAAGAGCUACGUAAUCUCAACAAACUGCACCUAUUCUCAACUGGUCGCAUCAUCGAAGAUCUUGCAGAACUGCAAAGCUUGCCUUGCUUGGAGUAUCUCAAGCUCGCUGAGGAUCAACCUGAAUCGUGGGAUGGGAACUUCAACGUGGAGGCUGAUGGCUUUAACAGCCUUCUCUGGCUGUGCUUCGAGGCCCAAAAGCAACCAUGUAUCAACAUCAAACGUGGUGGAAUGAAAAAUCUUGCCUCUCUUCUGCUGCUCUGUCCGAAAUUUCCUCCUCGGAUGGGAGAGGCAGCUCCCGAAACUGGAGUCGACGGCAUAUUAUAUCUUGCAUAUCUUAACGAGGUGAUACUCCAUCGUUCUGCUCGUAAAGAAACCGUCGAAGCAUGGGAAACAGCAUCAGAGGCACAUAUAAAUAAGCCGUACGUGAAGAAGCAACAGAUCUCAACUCCUAGUGAAGCGAUGGAAGUGGAAGAUGCUACUAAUUAAGCCCAUCUGCAUCCUGUUCCUGUGUGAGUCAUGCACCUUCGUCCUACCUAUCUUUGUUUUCCUGUAUGCUUCAUUUCGGCUUUGUUCGGUUUGUGCCAUACGUUCCACUAUAUACCUGUGAAUAAUUCUUAAGAUUGCAUGUAUUGACUUCCUGGAAGCUCAUCGAGCGGUGAAC